AUGACUGCAAUGGAGAGCUUCGACAGCAUCUACCUUGACCUCUCCAAGGAGAGCGGCAAGUGUAGGUUUGCCGAGACGGGCUUCGGCUGGAAGCCGUCGGGCGGCGGCGAGACAUUCACCCUCGAUCACAGCAACAUUGGCGGCGCGCAAUGGAGUCGUGCCUCCAAGGGCUACGAGGUCCGCAUCCUCCAGCGCAACUCGGGCAUCAUCCAGCUCGACGGCUUUCAGCAGGAGGACUACGAGCGCCUGAGCAAGGUCUUCAAGAACUGGUACAGCACCGUUCUCGAGUCCAAGGAGCACGCCCUGCGAGGCUGGAACUGGGGCAAGGCCGAGUUCUCCAAGGCCGAGCUCACGUUCAGCGUCCAGAACAAGCCUGCCUUCGAGCUGCCGUACUCCGAGAUCGGAAACACAAACCUCGCCGGCCGGAAUGAGGUCGCCGUCGAAAUGUCGCUGCCGCAGGACGCCAACGACACCGGCACGGACGGCCAGGGCGGCGCUCGCGGCAAGGGAAAGAAGGCCGGCGCUGGUAGGGACCAGCUGGUUGAGAUGCGCUUCUACGUCCCCGGCACAACCACCAAGAAGGAGACCGAGGGCGAGGACGGCGCUAGCGGCGACGAAGGAGAGGAGCAGAACGCUGCCACUCUCUUCUACGAUACCCUCAUCGAAAAAGCGGAGAUUGGCGAGAUGGCUGGUGACACCAUCGCCACCUUUCUCGACGUGCUUCACCUUACCCCAAGAGGACGGUUCGACAUCGACAUGUACGAAGCUUCGUUCCGACUCCGCGGAAAGACCUACGACUACAAGAUCCAGUACGACGCCAUCAAGAAGUUCAUGGUGCUGCCCAAGCCCGACGACAUGCACUGCAUGCUGUGUAUUGGCCUGGAUCCGCCGCUGCGCCAGGGCCAGACCCGGUAUCCCUUCGUCGUCAUGCAGUUUAAGAAGGACGAGGAGGUGACUAUCGACCUCAACCUGGACGAGAGCGAGUUGCAGAGCAAGUACAAAGACAAGCUGGACGCACAUUACGAGGAGCCUCUUCACCAUGUCGUGGCCAAGAUCUUCAGGGGCCUGGCCAACAAGAAGAUUUCGUCUCCGGCCAAGGACUUUAUUACCCACCGAAGCCAGUACGGCAUCAAGUGCUCCAUCAAGGCCAGCGAGGGCUUCCUGUAUUGUCUGGAGAAGGCCUUCAUGUUCGUCCCCAAGCCGGCGACGUACAUAGCCUACGAACAGACGCAGUCGGUCACCUUCUCGCGAGUGGGCGGCGCCGUGUCCACGCUGUCCACGUUUGACAUCACCGUGCUCAUGAAGAACGGCGCGGGCUCUUCGCAGUUCAGCAACAUUAACCGUGAAGACCUCAAGGCGCUCGAGGCCUUCUUCAAGCUCAAGGGUCUGCGGGUUAAGAACGAGAUCGACGAGGACGCCAACAUGCUGGCCGCGGCGCUGCGCGAGCAGGACAUGGACGAGUCGGACGACGAGGUGGUGGCCGGCAAGGCUGACCGCGGCUCCGCCGACGAGGACGAGGAGAGUGUCGACGAGGACUUCCGCGCCGACAGCGACAGCGACGUCGCUGAGGAAUACGACAGCGCGCACGAGAGCUCCGGCUCCGGCAGCGCGAGCGACGCAGAGAGCGGCGUCGACGACGACGAAGACGAGGGCAUGGACGACGAGGAGGAAGAGGACGAGCGGCCCAAGAAGAAGAAGAAGACGGGCUAG